GUUCUGGAAGCUGAGGAUUUCUCGAACAGUCUCAGCGGGUAUAAAAACUUGCCAUAGAGUAUUUCGCCAUCUAUUCGCUUAGCUGGCUAGAUUGUGUGUAUGGUCGAAGACCAACUUCUGAAGACGAUUACAGGGACUAUUCUACUGCGAGAUGCCGGAAGCCCACGAUACCCCAAUGGAGGAGGAGGCAGAGACCUUUGCCUUCCAGGCUGAGAUUGCCCAGUUGAUGUCCCUCAUCAUCAACACCUUCUACUCCAACAAAGAGAUCUUCCUUAGGGAGCUCAUCUCAAACUCCUCAGAUGCUCUGGACAAAAUCCGGUAUGAGAGUCUCACAGACCCAACUAAGCUGGAUACUGGAAAGGAAUUAAAGAUCGAAGUAAUUCCCAACAAGGCAGAGCGGACUCUGACCCUGGUUGACACUGGCAUUGGCAUGACAAAAGCGGAUCUGAUCAACAACCUGGGAACCAUCGCCAAGUCAGGCACCAAGGCCUUCAUGGAGGCCCUGCAAGCUGGAGCAGACAUCUCCAUGAUUGGGCAGUUUGGUGUGGGUUUCUACUCAGCCUACCUGGUGGCUGAGAAGGUGACCGUCAUCACCAAGCACAAUGAUGAUGAGCAGUACAUCUGGGAGUCGUCUGCUGGCGGAUCCUUCACUGUCAAAGUGGACACGUCAUCUGAGUCCAUUGGUCGUGGCACCAAGGUGAUCCUGCACCUAAAGGAGGACCAGACAGAAUACUGUGAGGAGAAACGCAUCAAAGAGAUUGUGAAGAAACACUCCCAGUUCAUUGGAUACCCCAUUACACUCUUUGUGGAAAAGGAGCGUGACAAGGAAGUGAGCGAUGAUGAGGAGGAGGAAGAGAAAGAGAAGGAAAAAAAAGAUGGGGAAGAAGAGAAGGGAGAGGAUGACAAACCCGAGAUCGAGGAUGUGGGCUCGGAUGAUGAGGAUCACCAUGACGACGCAUGCGGGGACAAGAAAAAGAAAAAGAAGAAGAUCAAGGAGAAGUACAUUGACCAGGAGGAGCUGAACAAAACGAAGCCCCUGUGGACUCGUAACCCGGAUGACAUCACCAACGAGGAGUACGGAGAGUUCUACAAGAGUCUGACCAAUGACUGGGAAGAACACCUGGCUGUCAAGCACUUCUCUGUGGAGGGCCAGUUAGAGUUCCGUGCUCUUCUGUUUGUGCCUCGCCGAGCGCCUUUUGACCUCUUCGAGAACAAGAAGAAGAAGAACAACAUCAAGCUGUAUGUCAGGCGGGUCUUCAUAAUGGACAACUGUGAUGAUCUCAUCCCUGAGUACCUCAACUUCAUCAGAGGUGUAGUGGACUCUGAGGAUCUCCCACUGAACAUCUCCAGAGAGAUGCUGCAGCAGAGCAAGAUCCUCAAGGUCAUCCGCAAGAACCUGGUCAAGAAGUGUAUAGAGCUUUUCACCGAGCUUGCAGAAGACAAAGAGAACUACAAGAAGUACUAUGAGCAGUUCUCUAAGAACAUCAAGCUGGGGAUCCAUGAAGACUCUCAGAACCGCAAAAAGCUGUCAGAAAUGCUGCGUUACUACACCUCAGCCUCUGGGGAUGAGAUGGUGUCCCUCAAAGACUAUGUGACGCGCAUGAAGGACACCCAGAAACACAUCUACUACAUUACUGGCGAGACCAAAGAUCAGGUGGCCAACUCUGCAUUCGUUGAGCGCCUCCGCAAGGCUGGCCUGGAAGUAAUCUACAUGAUUGAGCCCAUUGAUGAGUACUGUGUCCAGCAGUUGAAGGAGUUUGACGGCAAAAACCUGGUGUCUGUGACCAAGGAGGGUCUGGAGCUGCCAGAGGAUGAGGACAUGAAGAAGAAGCAGGAAGAGCAGAAGUCUAAAUUUGAGAGCCUCUGCAAGAUCAUGAAGGACAUUCUGGAGAAGAAAGUAGAAAAGGUGACAGUGUCCAACCGCCUGGUCUCUUCCCCCUGCUGCAUCGUGACCAGCACCUACGGCUGGACGGCCAACAUGGAGAGGAUCAUGAAGGCCCAGGCCCUGAGGGACAACUCCACCAUGGGCUACAUGGCCGCCAAGAAGCACCUGGAGAUCAACCCGGACCACCCCAUCGUGGAGACCCUGAGGCAGAAGGCGGAGGCUGAUAAGAAUGACAAGUCGGUGAAGGACCUGGUCAUUCUGCUGUUUGAGACGGCCCUGCUUUCCUCCGGGUUCACCUUGGACGACCCUCAGACACACUCCAACCGCAUCUACAGGAUGAUCAAGCUAGGGCUGGGUAUUGACGAGGAUGACCUGACCCCUGAAGAACCAACCUCAGCCGCUGUGGAAGACAUGCCUCCACUCGAGGGAGACGAAGACUCCUCCAGGAUGGAGGAGGUGGACUAGACCAAUUGACCUCAGCUGCUUAGUUACAGUGACUAUACCUGUUAGCUUGGGAACUAAGUGUUGUAAGUACAGCCAGGAUGACUUGAUGUUCAUGAGCUUGCAAGGUCCCAGUUUGCCCUCAUUCUAUCCAAAAUCCCUUGACCACGAUUAUUCAGUUCAAUUUCAUUCCCAUAAACAUUUAGUUUAUUUUUUCAUU